GUUUCAGCCACGUCUGGAGUCUGGGAGACGAGCUUCUCAGAAGAGCCAAAACACGAACAGGGGUGACAAAUCACUGUGCGAGGGCGAGUGGACCUCCUCUCUGCCUCCUCCCAGUUCCGGGCGCAGCUCCCCAGGGCUCUGCGCUGUUGUUUUCAGCACUCCGGAAAGCCAGAUCUGGGAAAGUGAACCAAGCUACGGAGUUUUCCGUUCAGCACCUCGGACAGAGCACGCAGCAAAAAUAUGGCUCCGAUCACUACCAGCCGGGAAGAAUUUGAUGAAAUUCCCACUGUGGUGGGCAUCUUCAGUGCAUUUGGCCUGGUCUUCACGGUCUCACUAUUUGCAUGGAUCUGCUGUCAGAGAAAAUCGUCCAAGUCUAAUAAGACUCCUCCAUACAAGUUUGUGCAUGUGCUUAAGGGAGUCGAUAUUUACCCUGAAAACCUCAGUAGCAAAAAGAAGUUUGGAGUAGAUGAAAAAAAUGAAGUGAAGAAUAAACCAGCUGUACCAAAGAGCUCCUUGCAUCUCAACCUCGAGAAGAGAGAUCUCAAUGGAAAUUUCCCCAAAACAAACCUCAAAGCUGGCAGCUCUUCUGAUGGAGAGAAGGUGACCCCAAAGCUCUUUCCAGAAGGGGAGAAGGAGGCAGUAUCUCCCAAUAGCUUAAAGUCCAGCACUUCUGUGUCUUCAGAAGAGAAGCAAGAGAAGUUGGGAACUCUCUUCUUCUCUUUAGAGUACAAUUUUGAGAAGAAGGCAUUUGUGGUCAAUAUCAAGGAAGCCCGUGGCUUGCCAGCCAUGGACGAGCAGUCCAUGACCUCAGAUCCCUACAUCAAAAUGACAAUCCUCCCAGAGAAGAAGCACAAAGUGAAAACUAGAGUUCUGAGAAAGACCUUGGAUCCUGCUUUUGAUGAGACCUUUACAUUCUAUGGGAUCCCCUACACCCAGAUCCAAGAGCUGGCCCUGCACUUCACAAUCUUGAGUUUUGACAGGUUUUCAAGAGAUGAUAUCAUUGGAGAAGUCCUUAUUCCUCUCUCCGGAAUUGAAUUAUCUGAUGGAAAAAUGUUAAUGACCAGAGAGAUCAUCAAGAGAAAUGUUAGGAAGUCUUCAGGACGCGGUGAGCUCUUGAUCUCUCUCUGCUACCAGUCCACCACAAAUACUCUCACUGUGGUGGUUUUAAAAGCGCGACACCUGCCGAAAUCCGAUGUGUCUGGACUUUCAGAUCCCUAUGUCAAAGUCAACUUGUUCCACGCCAAAAAGAGGAUCUCCAAAAAGAAGACUCAUGUGAAGAAAUGCACUCCCAACGCAGUCUUCAACGAGCUGUUUGUCUUUGACAUUCCUUGCGAGGGGCUUGAAGAGAUAAGUGUGGAAUUUCUGGUUUUGGAUUCUGAGAGAGGAUCCCGGAAUGAGGUGAUUGGGCGAUUGGUCCUGGGAGCAGCUGCAGAAGGCAGUGGUGGCGAGCACUGGAAAGAGAUUUGUGACUUCCCGAGGAGACAGAUUGCCAAGUGGCACGUGCUUUGUGAUGGUUAGCAUCCCAGCCACGAGGUGGAACUAUGCGAUUUUUAAUAGGCAAGGAGCAAUUCCCUUUCUUUAUGAUAUGUAAUCGCGAGCUUGUGACAGCAAGUUACCUUUCUUUUUGGUUAGAAAUGGAUUGACUUAGCAGACCAGAAAGUAACUGUAAAUGUGUAUCAUGAUAAGUUCCCCUUUGAUUUAGAGAAAGUGGAUACUUUCCAUAAGAUAUUCAGUUUUGCCAGAUGGCGACUGAUGGUACGCAUGAGUCAUCACGUCUUUGAUAAACAUGGAACUGAGAUUCCAAGUUAGAGGAGUGGUUUAGAAGGGGGUGACCUCAGUGGCACACCUCGCUGGAUGGUAACAAUAGGAUAACGGAUUUAAAUAUGAAACACGCCUUUUCUCAUGAAAGCUCAUCCUUUUUCUUCAGCUUGGGGAAAUUAAUUUUUUCUUUAAAUCCAAAGAUAUUGAAGAAAUGUGCUGUAGUUUGUUUUUUAUUAAUUCUGUCGUGUACAAAUGAUUGUCCUGCACAGAAAAGUGUGGUCAUUCCUCUUUGGUACAAUUUUAUCAUAAACGUAGUAACUUAGGUUCGUUUUCAAAAGACAGUGAACAAGGCCGAGAAAUCAUCAGGUCAAAGGGCUGAGUUGCAAACGCUGUGGCUAAAAUAUGUUUUUUUUCUCCCCCAACUCCUUAAGGUUACAUGUGAGCUAGAAUGUUGUAAAAUAUGACCUCACAUAAGAACCAUGAACUUCAAUUAUUCACUGCCUAUCACAAGCCUCAGUGUGACCUAAGAAACCCCCAUGUAUCUUGGUGAAGUUGUCACCUUAGCUUAUGGAUCAAGAGACCCACUCCAGUUUUCCUGUAGGAAAUGUGUACAGUGAGCAAGUGUUCUUUCAAAGUCAUCUUUUGUACCCAGAGGUGGCAUUGCUAACUAAGUCUCCAUUUUAGCCUGUCUCCCUCCUCACAAACGGGGAAGCUAUUUGAAGAGACUAAAGCAGCAGACAAAAGACCCUGGGGAGUUUUAUCCACUGUCAAGUAGAGAGCCCUCCUUAAAACCAACAGGCUAAGUCAUAUGACUAAAGCAUAGUCAAAUGGCCAGCCGAGUAAGAUUUACCUAUGUUCACACAAAUAUAUUUAGGCUGUCAAAUUAGCACAAUGGAUUAUGCAUUUCACUACGACCUCUGGGCUAACAUGUCUUGAGCCGGGCUGUUGUCUGCGGAGCCGUGUAUAGACUUGGGUCUCGUGCAGCCUCCCCGCCCGGGCUCUGAAACUCAUGAAGAGCUUUUCGAGUAAAGCAGUGCCAUUGUGAUUCCUAGGAGAUAAUGAACUUGAGGGGAUCUCCAUUAUAUUUGAGUUUUUAGAGAUGUACGAGUGAAAGUUGGGUGCAGUUGAAUUAUUGAAUAUGCAAGUUAGAAAUAAAGUCUACUAAAAUGUACAUUUUGAGUCUUUCGGGGUUUGUGUCCGUACUUUAGGAGUUUUUGACCAUGUGUUUGAUAUCACGGUGUUUGUAAAACUCUAUGAAGAUGCAUUUUCAAAGCGACUUAUAUACAUGCUUUUUAUGACUAUGCCUAAUGUAAAGAUAAUGUUCCAUUCUGUGUGUAUGAAAACCAAUCUCUUCAUUUUUGUGAUUUAAACUGACUUGGGACAAGAAAAGAAUAUUCCGCAAUCAUUGUUCUCAUCUCACUACAAAAUCAUCUCAGACCAUCUUGGCCCACUCAGCAUUUCUGUGACAGCAACUUGGAACAAGUUGUCAGUUUGGGUGGUGGGAAUGUUGAAUAUGCUCUGGGGUUCUGUAUGUUGUUUAUCAGGGGCUCUGACCUUUAUAACUUAUUUCGAAGUCCAGUGAGAUGGUCAGGCAAGGAGUCCAAUCCUACGUAUCUUGCCCAACAGCCAGAAGUUAAUGGCGUUACUAGUUUAAAAUCAUUGUGGGAGAAGGGAUUUAUUUACUUAAGUGGAACAGCACAAAUAACUUAAGGUAUGUUAAAAAAUGCAGUGGGUUAUUUGUAAAUAGUUUUUUAAGUUCACAAAUUUUCAAGUGUUCUUGAAUGUAAAAUGUUGAGUGAAACCAAUGGCAACUAGCUUCAAGAAACAGAAGGAGAAAAAACAAGGAAGGAAUGGAAACAGGCAGGGACAGGUGAGAUCGCAUCAUCUUCUGAAAACUGUUCUGAUUUAUAAUGUAUCGCAAACUCAAUGUGAAUAUCUUGAAUUCUGUUACAAAUCCUGCACUGUAUGAAAUGUGUAAAUUAAUCGUUGUCUGAUUAGCCAAUCUGACCUCCCGAAUGGGAAGGUUUCCAUGUUUAAAGAACUGUGUAACUCAGUAACUGACUUGUUCUGAUGUCGUAACUCAAUAGAAGUGAUUUGGAAGGAAGCGUGGUGUACAAGACGGUGUGUGUUCUAUUGUGCCAGCUCUGUAUGAUGUUUGUAAGACCGUAUUUGUAAGAAAUGAAUAAAUUGCUGCUUUUGCCCAUUCCACUUCAAUUCAAA